UCGAUUUAUGACAAAAUGGCAAGGAUGUUGACUGCUGUGAGGGCUCCAGCUCCAGUCUCCACUGCUGACAGCAUGAUCUGGCUGUUCCAGUCUCUCCCGCUUGUCUUCUGCCUUGGCCCAGGGAACACAGUUUCACAAACCAGCUCAAGCCCAUUGAUUGUAAACCGGGCUCUGGGGGAGUCGGUCACUUUUCCCCUGAAUUUUUCUGCAAAAGAGAAUGUAACAUCCAUCACCUGGCUUCACAAUGGAAUGUCUAUCACCUUCAUACAGUUAAAUGAAGAACAAAGUCCACUAAAAUACGUGACUGAUCCACAACGGAAAAAUCGAUUGAGUGUCACUGAUUCCCACUCCUUGCAGCUCAGCAAUCUGACAAUGGCAGACGCAGGAUCUUACAAGGCCCAGAUAACCACAGUGACCUCUUCAGUGUUGUCCACUUAUGAUCUGAGGAUCUUCAGACGACUGAGGAACUUACAAGUUGUCACUCACAUUGAAAGGCCUAGCAAUGUGACCUGUGAGAUCCACCUGACUUGCUCUGUGGAGAAUCCAAAUGACGUCAUAUUCAGGUGGCAGAUCUCAGGAAAAACACUUCUGAGGGAAGCAAACCUCACUGUCUCCUGGGACCCCAAAAAUGGCAGUGAAGAGACCUACACUUGCAUAGCUGAGAAUCCUGUCAGCAGUUCAUCCUUCUCUGUCCCUUUGCAGAGUCUCUGCAAAGAUGUUAUUAAUGAAGAAAGUGAACACAUGGAUAUCAGAUGGAUUAUAAUUGUGCUUUCUUUGAUAUGUAUAGUCGUCAUAGUCAUCUUUGUGUGGCUGCUUGUUCGGAAGGGAAGAUUAACAGGUUUCUUCCAUUUGUCUACUCGGCAAACACAGAGUCCUGCAGAGACCAGGAGGAACUUAGAGUAUGCUUCUUUCUCUUCAGGGAACACUGUGUAUGCCCAGGUCACCCCUGCAAACAGGGGAACAGAAAUCCGAACACCUUUGAAAAACAGUGAUUCCCCCACAAUUUACUCUAAAGUUCAUCAACACAAAGAGGAAGCCCAUUUACUCCAUGUAAACCACCCUUCACCAUGUCAUAAAAGUUGCUGAAAGACCUCAAAAGAAUUCAGGAAUGACACUUCUUCUCCUGAUCCUAUGAGAGAACAGAGCUUAGUUUCUGCCUGGCAACAGAAUUUGAAUAGCUAGGAUUAUCACUUCCAGUCCUUCAGACUUGAACCUGCUUACCUUGGUCAACCAUCCAAGGAAUAACAUCAUUUCCAGCAUAUGAUGCAAAGAGCAUUUUCUAAUCUGCUCCAGGCCAGACAGUACGUCAGGUAACAUGCAUGGAUGGUGAAUUUUCCUUUGGUAACUGAGCAAAUGGAGUCAUGGUUGGCAGAAGAUUAUAGUUCAGAAGACAACCACUUCUCUCCUUUUAGAAAGCAGAAGGAUUUUGACUCACUGGGAGAGAGUACAGUCUGGUGGUUACAUGUGUUGCCUCUGGAGUUGAACGGGCCCAUGCUCAAAUCCUGAUACAUCAUUUACCAGAUAUACCUCCUGGGACAUGUUACCUAACCUCUUGGAGUUUUGGUCUUCUAGACCGAAAAAGGAGGAUAGAAGUACAUCAGCCCGCUUACUGAAAUCAGGAACCUGAGUUAUCCUUGGCUUCAACUUUUCUAUCACCAGGCCCUUUGGACUCUACCUCCAAAUAGUGGACGUAUCUACUCUUCUCCAAAUCUUCAACCACCAUUCUAUAUACAACCAUUAUCAUCUCAACAUGAAAUACUACAAUCAACUCCAAGCAACUCUCCCCAACUUUUGCUCUUGGCUGCCUCCAACCCAUUCUACAUGACACAGCCAAAGUAAUGUUUUUAAUAUAAGUCAGAUCCUUCACUACUCUGCUUAAAAUCCAGCAAGACUUCUCAAUGUAUUCAGGAUAAAACUUGAGUCUACAUGGCUUUGGAUAGCACGGGAUUAUCAGAUACUACCUACUAUAUACAAAAUAGUAAACAGCUAGGUCCUACUGUAUAGCACAGGAACUAUAUUCAAUAGCUUGUAAUAAUCUAUAUUGAAAUGUGUAUAACUGAACGACUUUGCUGUACACC